CCCGGCGCCUCCGCGCCCGGCUCCAUGUUUGUGUCCCCGCGCGGCUCCCGUCGCGUUGCCAUGGCGGCGGCCUGGCGGCCUCGGCGUUGAGGUGCGCGGGAAGGGCGCGGGGCCCGGCCCCCAUCCGGCCGCCAUGGAGGACGAGCUGUACCUGGAGAACAUCGACGAGUUCGUCACCGACCAGAACCGCGUGGUGACGUACAAAUGGCUGAGCUAUACUCUGGGAGUUCAUGUCAACCAGGCUAAACAGAUGCUGUAUGAUUAUGUGGAGAGGAAACGAAAGGAGAACUCAGGAGCUCAGCUUCACGUCACCUACUUAGUAGCAGGAAACCUCAUCCAAAACGGACACGUUUGCCACAAGGUUGCAGUAGUGAGAGAGGAUAAACUGGAAGCAAUGAAGUCUAAGCUCGCCACGAUUGCAAGCGUGCACGUUUACAGCAUCCAGAAAGCCUUGCUCAAAGACAGCGGGCCGCUCUACAACACCGACUAUGACAUUGUCAAAACAAACCUGCACAGCUGCAGCAAGUUUAGUGCCAUUCGCUGCGCUGCCGCCGUCCCCCGGACGCCCGCCGAAGUUUCUCAAGCACAGACGUCGGCGCAGGCGGGUUCCCAGCCGCCGAGUGACACGGGUGCUGCCGGCGUGCCCGCGGUCAACGGCCACGGUCCCUCGGCCACCAAGCAGACCUCGCAGCAGCCCAAGGGCAUCAUGGGGCUGUUUGCAGCCAAAGCCGCUUCCAAACCCCAGGACACGAGUAAAGAAGCCAAAGCAGAGGCUAAGGAGGCCCCAGGUGUGUCUGCAGUAAGCAGCAAACCGCCGGCAAAGGGCAACAUAAUGAACAACUUCUUUGGAAAAGCUGCCAUGAAUAAACUCAAAGUCAACUCCGUGCCUGAGCAGCCAAAGGAGGAAAAAGAAGUAGUCAAGACUUCAGUUCCUGUAGCAGAACCAGAGUCAUCCCCUAACGCUGUAGCAGAGAAACCUGGGAGGAAAACAGAGCCUGCUAAAACUCAACAAAAGGACAAGAAAAGUAAAACGAAGAGGUUGGACAAGUCAGAUAACGAGGAGGAAAGAGAACCCGAAAAUCAAAAGAAGAGGAGGAAGCGAAUCAAACAACUUGAGUCUGACAGCAGUGAUGAGGAAGCCAAUGUCCCACUGUCUCCCACACCUGAGGAAGAGAAAGCUCCAUCUCCACCACCUCCGGCACCUGCUCUGAAGACUGAGUUGGAGCCUGCGUCCAGUGAGGUUUCAGCUGGAGGGAAGAAGAGGAAACGGAAGCGUGUGCUGAAAUCCAAAAUGUUUGUUGAUGAAGAAGAAGGCUGCAUGGUGACUGAGAAGGUUUACGAGAGCGAAUCCUGUACAGAUAGCGAGGACGACUUCGCCAAGACCAAGCCACCAGCUGCGCCCAAACAGCCUGCGCUGCCUAUGAAGAAAGAACCAAAGGAAGAAAGGAAGAACCCAAAGAAAGGGGCAGCCACCGCCAGCAGAGCCAACAAGCAGGUCUCCAUCAUGGGAUUUUUUCAGAAGAAAUGAACUGGGUCUUUUCCCUGGUCCCUUUGGCAGCUUGCGAGUGGUGCUCUUUUUCGAGUGGCUUACUGAAAGCUGCUGCACUGGAGGAGAACAACAUGCAAUCUUGUGUUAAGUAAGAUAUCUUGCUUACUGUGUAAGUAAGCCCUCUGGACUAGAUUUUGUAUUGAAAAAAAAAGAAGUUUUAUCUGUUACUGCAAUAAUUCAGUCCUCUUUACUAAGCUGUAUGAAAAUCACCAGCUAGAUGUAAAAUCUAGAAUGAACUCUUGAAAGGCUCUUCAUCUACUUCCAUGAAAUUUUAUUUUCUAAUAGGGCUUUUUACCAGCUCAGUGCUGAAGGCCUGUUCCACGAGUGGUAGAUUGACUAAAUGAGGAGUCAAGUUCUGGAAUCUUUUUUUUUUUUUUUUUUUGCCCUGUUUUUACACUCCCAGCUCUCCAGAUCGAUCUAAAUCUUCACGUUGGUUAGAAGCUGCAAUGUAGCAGCUCUUCAGGCGCACACACACAAAUAUUGAACAUCUGCUUCAGCUUGAACUGAAUGAAAUUAAUUUAAUUUUCCCCCGAAGACCGGUAAAAUAGUUCUUGCUCUGCCUUUCAUAAUCUGUUUUUGGACAAAGCAGCGCAUAUAAAAUUCUCUUACUCUUUUCUUCCUUGAA